GAAGGCCGCGGGCGGGCGGGCGAGUGAUGGCGGGUCCCGGUUGGGGUCCCCCGCGGCUGGACGGCUUCAUCCUCACCGAGCGCCUGGGCAGUGGCACGUACGCCACGGUGUACAAAGCCUACGCCAAGGUGAGCGUGGAAGGGCCGUCCCGGGGGGACGCGGGACAGCGGCCCCGAGCCCCCAGUGCCCUGCAGUUUCUGCAUGAGAGGAACAUCUCUCACCUGGAUCUGAAGCCACAGAACAUUCUGCUGAGUUCUCUGGAAAAGCCCCAUCUGAAACUGGCAGACUUUGGCUUUGCACAGCACAUGUCCCCGUGGGAUGAGAAACACGUGCUCCGGGGCUCCCCCCUCUACAUGGCUCCCGAGAUGGUGUGUCGGCGGCACUACGACGCCCGCGUGGACCUCUGGUCUGUGGGGGUCAUCCUGUAUGAAGCCCUCUUCGGGCAGCCCCCGUUUGCCUCCAGGUCCUUCUCAGAGCUGGAGGAGAAGAUCCGUAGUAACCGGGUUAUCGAGCUCCCCCUGCGGCCCCCGCUCUCCCCAGAAUGCCGAGACCUGCUGACGAGACUCCUGGUGCGGGACCCCAGCCACCGCAUCUCCUUCCAGGACUUCUUUGCCCACCCGUGGGUGGACCUGGAGCACAUGCCCAGCGGGGAGAGCAUGGCCCGGGCGACAGCGCUGGUGGUCCAGGCCGUGAAGAAGGACCAGGAGGGGGACGCUGCGGCUGCGCUCUCCCUCUACUGCAAGGCUCUGGACUUCUUUGUGCCUGCCCUGCACUAUGAAGUGGAUGCCCAGCGGAAGGAGAUGAUUAAGGCAAAGGUGGGGCAGUACGUGUCACGCGCCGAGGAGCUCAAGGCUGUGGUCACCUCCUCCAACCAGGCCCUGCUGGGCCAGGGGGCCUCGGGCCGAGACCUGCUCAGAGAGAUGGCCCGGGACAAGCCGCGCCUCCUAGCCGCCCUGGACGUCGCCUCAGCGGCCAUGGCCAAGGAGGAGGAAGCUGGCGGGGAGCAGGACGCCCUGGAUCUGUACCAGCAGAGCCUGGGGGAGUUGCUGCUGCUGCUGGCGGGGGAGCCCGCGGGCCGGAGGCGGGAGCUGCUGCACGCUGAGGUCCAGAGCCUCAUGGCUCGAGCUGAGUACCUGAAGGAGCGGGUUAAGAUGAAGGAUUCUCCAUGGGGAACGGACAGCCUGGACCGAGAGGGCCUGUCGGAAUCAGUUCGCAGCUCGUGCACCCUACAGUGACCCCAGAGGGGCAUUGGACAGAGCGAAGGGACACACUGAGCCAGGCCGAUGCCCAGAAUGGCACGCGUCCCUGG